GCGGGCCGGGGCGGGGCGGCGGGCGGCCGGGGCGGGGCCACCGUCCGGCCCCGCGUCCCGCUCCCAUGGCCGCCCCCGGCUCCCGGCGCUGCCCCCUCUCCCCCGGGCCGCGCCCCGGGGCCCCGCACUGACGGCCCAUGGCGCCGCCCGCCGCCCGCCUCGCCCUGCUCUCCGCCGCGGCGCUCGCGCUGGCGGCCCGGCCCGCGCCCGGCCUCGGCCUCGGCCCCGGACCCGAAUGCUUCACAGCCAAUGGUGCAGAUUACAGAGGAACGCAGAACUGGACAGCACUCCAAGGAGGAAAGCCAUGCCUGUUCUGGAACGAGACUUUCCAGCACCCCUACAACACUCUGAAAUACCCCAAUGGCGAGGGAGGCCUUGGCGAGCAUAACUAUUGCAGAAACCCUGAUGGAGAUGUGAGCCCCUGGUGCUAUGUGGCUGAGCACGAGGACGGUGUCUAUUGGAAGUACUGUGAGAUCCCCGCAUGCCAGAUGCCUGGAAACCUUGGCUGCUACAAGGAUCAUGGAAACCCACCCCCUCUGACUGGCACCAGUAAAACAUCUAACAAACUAACCAUACAAACCUGUAUCAGCUUUUGUCGGAGUCAGAGGUUCAAGUUUGCUGGAAUGGAAUCUGGCUACGCUUGCUUCUGUGGGAACAAUCCUGAUUACUGGAGGUACGGGGAGGCAGCCAGCACUGAAUGCAACAGCGUCUGCUUCGGGGAUCACACCCAGCCCUGUGGUGGUGAUGGCAGGAUCAUCGUCUUUGACACUCUGGUUGGCGCCUGUGGCGGGAAUUACUCGGCCUCAACUUCGGUGGUCUACUCCCCUGACUUCCCUGACACCUACGCCACGGGGCGGGUCUGCUACUGGACCAUCCGGGUUCCCGGGGCCUCGCACAUCCACUUCCGCUUCACCUUGUUUGACAUCAGGGAUUCCGCGGACAUGGUGGAGCUGCUAGACGGCUACACCCACCACGUCCUGGCCCGUUUCAGUGGAAGGAGCCGGCCACCUCUCUCCUUCAACGUCUCGUUAGAUUUUGUCAUUCUGUACUUCUUCUCUGACCGUAUCAAUCAGGCCCAGGGAUUUGCUGUCCUGUACCAAGCUGUCAAGGAAGAACCACCACAGGAGAAGCCCACUGCCAACCAGACAGUGGCCGAGGUGAUCACAGAGCAGACCAACCACAGCAUCAGUGCCGCCCGCUCCUCCAAAGUCCUCUACGUCAUCACGACGAGCCCCAGCCAUCCACCGCAGACCGUUCCAGGUAGAUGGACAGUGUACGGCCUGGCAACCCUCCUCAUCCUCACAGUUACAGCCAUUGUAGCAAAGAUACUUCUGCACGUCACGUUCAAGUCCCAUCGUGUUCCUGCCUCAGGGGACCUUCGGGACUGUCAUCAAGCAGGGACAUCGGGGGAAAUCUGGAGCAUUUUUUAUAAGCCGUCUACUUCCAUUUCCAUCUUUAAGAAGAAGCUCAAGGGCCAGAGUCAACAAGAUGACCGUAAUCCCCUUGUGAGUGACUAAACGCCCUCUCCCCGUCCAGGACACAGGCCCUCUGAGUUCCAGGCUGCUGGGACACCCCCACCCCCAGGUCCAGCUCCAACUGACUCUUCCCUGCAUCUCCUCGGGCCUCUGCAGGGGCGCCCUCCGACAUACCCGUGGGGGUGCCCUGCCACAGGCUGGGCCUAGCCUGGAUUUGUCCUGGUUCAUCGCUGCACUUAGGAGAGAGACUCAAGGUCGCGGGGUCUGCGGGGGGCGCUGUGUAUCUUUCUCUCUCUCUCAUCUAGGAAUUGGGGCACCAGAUCAGCCCUGGGACUGGGAUCAUGGGAUGGUUGUGCCCAGCUCACCUGGGCUGUCACCGAAGCCGGAUGGGGGGGUCCGUAUUGUGUACAUUUUCUCUCUGUUUUCUCCACAUGCACCACUCUGUCCACUCUGAACAGGGCCAGGGCUCUCUGGGGGUUGACCUGGUCCUGAUCUCUUGGACAUUAGCACCCCAACGCCUUAAAGAGGACCCAGGCUCC